UUUCUUACCAUGCACCACAUCAAGAUAAAGACCGAAAGACCAGACAUGGAGGCGUCUGGAGCACGCUUCAAAUUGGAUGCUGUGUUACAAGGAUUGGUAGAAAAGUCGGAAACUGAAAUGGACCAAAAUGAAAGUGAAGCUGGGAAAACUGCAGAGGCCUCAAAUAAGGAUUCAUCUCCGUUGUCUGGCAAAAGGCCACCAUCAAGGUUUCCACAACAUAGAAGAAAGAAGCGUAAAGAAAUGGAUGAAAGCAUGCCAGACACCAAUCAAAACAAACAAAAUGCCUAUAUUAUCAAGUUGUUUGACCGCAGCGUUGAUUUGGCUCAGUUUAACAGCAACACACCUUUGUAUCCUAUUUGCCGUUCUUGGAUGCGAAAUAACCCAUCAUUUCGAGAGCGGGCUGAUCCCACUCCUCUCUCCCCACACAGUGUUGCAGAUGAAGAGCUGACUGACAAUGUUAAUGGUAAAGAGCAGGAUGUUCACCGAUUGCCUCCACCAACUCCCUGUCCUGUCAACUCAUCUGGUGAACCAAUCAAUCUCAGGAUCCCACCGACUGACAAACCCGCAGUCAAAAAGCCUACCGAUAAAGUUCCUUCAUCUGGAUCCCGUAUAUCUGACCACAUGGUGCGCUGGAAAAAGAUUAGACAAAAAUGGAAGGAGUGCUCCAACAAGAAUCAGUUGAGAUACAGUGAGAGCAUAAAGAUCCUAAAGGAGAUGAAGGAGCUGUAUGACCACUGAGCAGUGGUGCUGUUUGUGCAGAUUUCACUCCCUAGUAUUUGCGUGAAAGCAAACCUUUCUAAAAUUCACUCAGUUUUAUAAAUGCAUGUCACUGUAUAGUUGGACUGAUAAUAUAUAUUUGAAAGUGAUUGAAAACUCUUAAACUUAAAUUAAUACAGUUGUUUUCUUGUUCACUUUUUUAUCCAUUUUCCUUUUCCAUAAUUGAAAUAAAAAUAAAAGGUGGA